AUGUUCACCCCGUGGUCUGCCUCAUCAGCAACUCAGAGAGAAUUCAAGACCUCAAGGCGCAAAGAAUUUAAAGCUCGAAUAAAGGAGAAACAGUGGACAGUGGCACUCUCCGACCUAGCCGACUGGUCAAGAAUCGAAGCCGUUGCCGAGUUAAGACUACGUACCGGACACGAUUGCUUGGCAAAACACCUUCACAGAUUGGGAGUAUACACUCAACCCACAUGCCCCCUAUGUAACCUACAGGAGGAAAUGGAGAAGACCCACCUGAUUCGGUGUCCAGCCCUAAAGACAACGACGGAAACCCAGAGAUACUGGGAAGCCAGAAGACAACUAAUGAACUACCGUUAA